GUGAUCUACUCUCCAUGUACGCGUGUCGAAACAACGUCAAGCCGAGAGCCAGUGUGUGUGUGUGUGUGCGUGUGUGUGUGUGUUGUGCGUAUCCCGAUGUUCUCUGCAGCCAAUGGGAAAAUCAAGCUGCCUUCGGAGGACACGGCUCUGGUGACUUCUCCACUGCGCUGCCUCUUCAAUGGACCCUUUCGCGAUCUGCACUUCAGUGUGAGCGGCGACCAUCGCCUGAUACCCGUCCACGAUGUCGUCUUUCUCGAUGACUUUGAGCACAACGUCAAGCCGUUGAUCUACAGGCCCGUGACGUCAGAGAGCGUUCUGCUAGCCAGCGAGUCGGAGUCGCAGAAGCCGCCCCACAACAUUUAUGCUGCUGCUGCUGCUGCUGCCAACAGAACCACCAUACCCGUAGCCGGAGGAGGGCCUUGGCUUUCAGAUUUCUGA